GUUCCGGUUACGUAGACCCGACUGAUAUGGAAACGGGGCUUGUAGUCGUCGUUAAGUAUGCUAAGGUAUACUGCAACAUACAUACAUAUUUACAUGCAUUCAUGUGCACUUCUAUUGUAAUUACAAUAGUACUAUACAUAAAAUCAUAGGAAACGGUCUAGUAUUAACACCCGAAUGAAUAUGUGCACGCUAUUACAAGUAUAUAUGUAUAUGUCAAUUUGUGUAUGCACGCUCAUAUUGUUAAGUUUAUAGAUAUAGGUAUCUAUCCAUAUACAUACAUUUAUAUGUAUAUGUGUUCUUAUAAUUUUGUAUCUAAAUGCAAUUGAACGCAAGUAAGUGACUAUGUACAUAUGGUGUUUCAAGAGACACAAACAAAGAUGCGAACAUUCAUACUCACCUGCGCUUGUUUUAUAGGUAUGUAUGGGUGUGGUGGUACUAAAAUAUUCAAUAAGACAACAAAAAAUAAAAUGAAUUAGUGGUAUAAUAUUGACUGAGCUUUGACAAAAAGGUUAUCGUAACUCUCUGGCAAAUGCCCAGUAUUUGGUUUUGCUGAGGACACAACAGUUCGUUUGUAUCCUUCUUUAAGUGCGGUUAGACAUUACACUUUUCUAAGUAUAAGUUAUUUUUCUACUCAUAUAAUAUAAAUUUAUUUCUAUGAUGCCAAGUGCACAUUUAAAAUUCUACAACAAUAUUUUGAUAUUUUUGAAAAUAAUAUCACUCGCAAGCCUUGCUACCGGACAAACCAAUCAAAACAUCAAUGUUUUUUUUAUUAACGAUGCUGACAACGAGCCUGCAGCCAAAGCUGUUACAGUGGUAUCAACAUAUUUGAAGAAAAAUCCUAGUUAUGGAAUAUCAAUUCAGAUUGACCAAGUCGAGGCAAACAAAACCGAUGCUAAAACACUUUUGGAAUCAAUUUGUUCUAAAUACGCGGAGAGCAUUGACCGUAAACAACCCCCUCAUGUCGUAUUCGAUACCACAAAAUCGGGAAUAUCUUCGGAAACGGUCAAAUCAUUUACUCAAGCUUUGGGGUUACCAACUAUCAGCGCCUCUUAUGGACAGGAAGGAGAUUUACGCCAAUGGCGCGAUAUGGAUGAGAGCAAACAAAAAUAUUUGCUCCAAGUAAUGCCUCCGGCUGAUCUUAUACCUGAAGUUGUGCGCAGUAUUGUACGGAAAAUGAAUAUAACCAAUGCAGCCAUUCUAUAUGACGACACCUUCGUCAUGGAUCAUAAGUACAAAUCAUUAUUGCAAAACAUACAAACGCGCCAUGUCAUUACUGGCAUUGCGAAGGAGGGAAAACGAGAACGUGAAGAGCAGAUAGAGAAACUACGUAAUUUAGACAUAAAUAAUUUUUUCAUACUGGGGAAUUUAAUGUCUAUUCGUAUGGUUUUAGAAUCAGUAAAACCGACAUAUUUUGAACGUAACUUUGCAUGGCACGCCAUAACUCAGAGUGAAGGUGAAGUGAGUAGUCAACGUGACAACGCCACUAUAAUGUUCUUGAAACCAAUGUCAUAUGCUCAGAACCGUGACCGCUUUGGGCGUCUAAAGACCACUUUCAAUUUGAACGAGGAACCACAAAUAAUGUCAGCAUUUUAUUUUGAUUUGGCCCUUCGCACUUUUUUAGCGAUCAAGGAUAUGUUACAAUCGGGAGCUUGGCCAAAAAAUAUGGAGUAUAUUGGCUGUGAUGAGUUUCAAGGUGGUAAUACCCCAGAGAGAAAUAUAGAUCUUAGAGCUGCUUUUACAAUGAUUCAGGAGCCAACUUCUUAUGGCGUGUUUGAAUUAGUUACACAACCAGGAAAAGCAUUUAAUGGGUACAGUUAUAUGAAAUUUGAAAUGGACAUUAAUGUUCUACAAAUUCGUGGAGGGAACUCUGUAAAUACAAAAUCAAUUGGUACUUGGACCGCAGGAUUAGACUCUCCGUUAGUGGUUAAAGAUGAAGACGUAAUGAAAAACCUAACCGCCGAUACGGUCUAUCGCAUCUUUACAGUAGUUCAAGCUCCCUUCAUUAUUAAAGAUGAGAAGGCCCCAAAGGGUUAUAAAGGCUAUUGCAUUGAUUUAAUCAACGAGAUAGCAGACAUAGUACAUUUUGACUAUACUAUUCAAGAGGUAGAAGACGGAAAAUUUGGCAACAUGGAUGAAAAGGGCGAAUGGAACGGAAUUGUGAAAAAAUUAAUGGACAAACAAGCAGACAUUGGCUUAGGUUCCAUGCAUGUUAUGGCUGAACGUGAAAUUGUUAUUGACUUUACGGUACCUUACUAUGAUCUGGUUGGGAUUACGAUUAUGAUGCAACGACCGCAGGUCCCCAGUUCUUUGUUCAAAUUUUUAACAGUACUUGAGACGAACGUUUGGUUGUGCAUUUUGGCAGCUUAUUUCUUUACUAGUUUUUUGAUGUGGAUUUUUGAUCGAUGGAGCCCCUACAGUUACCAGAAUAAUCGUGAAAAAUAUAAGGAUGACGAUGAGAAACGUGAAUUCAACCUAAAGGAAUGUCUUUGGUUUUGUAUGACUUCCUUGACACCGCAAGGCGGCGGUGAGGCGCCGAAAAACCUUUCCGGCCGUUUGGUGGCAGCCACUUGGUGGCUAUUCGGGUUCAUCAUUAUUGCAUCAUACACAGCCAAUUUGGCUGCAUUUUUAACUGUAUCUCGUCUCGAUACACCAGUGGAGUCUUUGGAUGAUCUUGCUAAGCAAUACAAAAUUCUAUAUGCACCGUUAAAUGGCUCCUCAGCAAUGACUUAUUUUCAAAGAAUGGCCAAUAUUGAGCAACGUUUUUAUGAAAUUUGGAAAGACUUGUCGUUGAAUGAUUCCCUCACGCCACUAGAGCGCUCAAAACUAGCUGUUUGGGAUUACCCGGUUAGUGAUAAAUAUACGAAAAUGUGGCAGGCCAUGCAGGAAGCCCAGUUACCAGCUACCCUUGAAGAGGCGGUAGAAAGAGUUCGCAAUUCAACUUCAGCCACCGGUUUCGCCUUUCUCGGCGAUGCCACAGAUAUUCGAUACCUUGUGAUGACCAAUUGUGAUUUGCAGAUUGUAGGUGAAGAAUUCUCCAGAAAACCAUAUGCCAUUGCCGUUCAACAAGGAUCACAUCUCAAAGACCAAUUUAACAAUGCAAUUUUAACAUUACUCAACAAACGGCAACUGGAGAAAUUGAAGGAAAAGUGGUGGAAAAAUGACGAAACGCAAGCCAAAUGUGACAAGCCAGAAGACCAGUCAGACGGUAUUUCCAUACACAAUAUUGGUGGAGUCUUUAUUGUUAUAUUUGUUGGAAUUGGCAUGGCCUGUAUCACAUUGGUGUUUGAGUACUGGUGGUACAAAUAUCGAAAGAAUCCCCGCAUUGUGGACGUUAUUGAAGCAAACUCUGGCGGAAAAGAUGGCAAGACAGUCGACAGUGUUAUCCUUGGGCAGGCUGGAAAAGAGUACGACAAGGGUGGUAAUACCGUGCUUCGGCCACGAUUUCAUCAGUAUCCAACCACAUUUAAACCACGAUUUUAAAAUAUGUAUAUACAAGCAUACACAUACAUACAUACAUAUGGAAUCAAUCAGCUUAACUAAGUCGGAUAUGAAAGUACCGAUAAUUAUUUCAUUUUAAUUACAUCGCGGAUUUUAAUAAAGACAUAUACAUAUGCACGUAGAUAUGCCUGUAUGUAAGUAUGUACGUAAAAAUACACAUGCUUUACUUCUGGAACAAAAUAUGCACGCACAAUUUUUAUAAAUCUUGAUGGCAUUUUAAUCAUUUAUAUAUAUAUAAUAUGUAUGUACAUAUGUAUGUAUAUGCGUACACUCUAAUGAAAAAUACAAAUAAAAAUGUUAAUGUCUUAAUUUAUCAAAGCAAAGUUUGUAGCCAAAUUUGUAUUUUUAAUUAUGCCCUACUCUUAUGGUACUUACAAGGCCGCUUUCACGACAUUAGGGUUUGCCUAAUCGGAACGAAUCUAUACCGACUUACUACUGUCAACUCUUCAGUAUGUCAAAGUUAUUUAGGGAAUGAUAACUACAAACAGUUUACUAGAAAAUUAAGGAUUCGAAUAUAGCGUGACAGCAAUAAAAAUAACAUAUGGCAACAUUAUAUUAUGAAAAAUUUUAAAUGAAGUUAGCGUAUGUAUGAUGUAUUAAGUAGGUGUACGUCCAUUUUUAUACCCUGAACAGAGUAUAUUAAGUUUGCCACGAAGUU